AUGGCUGCGAAGGGCCAGGCGGCCGGAGGGCACGAGCCCCGGGGGCUUAGGAAGCGAUCGGCAACCGCGCGAGGCUCCCCGACGUGCCCGGCUCCCGCGCUGGGGUCUGGGAAACGGCGGGCAAAGGCGCGGGGGUCGAGCGGGUCCCGCCCGCGGAGUCCCCACGCCCGUCCACCCACCGGGACGGCCAGCCUGCCAGGGGCUCCGGGUUCAGGACUCGGAACCGGAACGUGGCGGCGGCCGGGCGCCCGCGAGUCCCGCCCGGUACCUACGCGCGCCGCGGAAAGGCCCAGGUCACGCGCCUCCCCGCCUCCCGCCUCCCGCCUCCCGCCCCCUCACGCGGGCCGCGAGCCGCCGCGCGCUGGUGACGUCAGGCCGGCGCGCCGCUCGGCGGUGACGUCAGGGCCAAUGGCGGCGGCCGUGGCGCUGGAACCUUGGGUGCAGGCGGCCCCGCGAAGGAGGCGCUCGGCGGCGGCGAGGCGGCCGCGGCGGAGGGAGGCGGAGGUCGGCGGCCGGGAGGCACAGCCCGAGGCGGACAGCGGAGUCGUGCUGCGUCGGCUCCGGGAGGCCCAAGGGGACCUGCUCGUCUCUGACUUCUGGAGCGCAGCCUUGGAAACCAUCAGCCAGUGUCUUACAAAACAGCUGGGACAACUGGAGGCUCCCGUAGGGACCCUUUCAGAUGCCCUUGGAAACCUGCAUCUCACCUCACCCGAUGAGCAGGAUGUGGCCCCUGACCCCAACCCAGGAGAGGCCCUGGUCAGGGGAGUCUGCCACAUCAAGUGUGUGUGCUACGGCAUUGGCAGCUUUGCCACCUGCGUCACAGCGAGAACCCAGCUUGCGUUUCUGCUUCUGUUCUUGGAAAAGUGCCAGAUCCCCAGAAGUCACUGUUGGGUCUAUGACCCUCUGUUCAGCCAGCUUGAAAUCGCUGUUCUUCACUCCCUCGGGGUGACUGUUCUCCCUGAGAACGAGGAAGGAAAGCGGAGUAUUUGUGGCCAGCCCACCGUCUUCUACAUGCCCCACUGCGGGACAGCCUUGUACAACAACCUUUUAUGGAGCAACUGGUCAGUAGAUGCCCUUUCUAAGAUGGUCAUCAUCGGGAACAGUUUCAAGGGCCUGGAGGAGAGGUUGUUGACAAGGAUUCUGCAGAAAAAUUACCCUUAUGUUGCAAAGAUUCUGGAAGGGCUGGAGGAACUCGAGCUGCCUCAGACACCCCAGUACACAGACACCUUUAAUGACACCUCUGUUCACUGGUUCCCUGCACAAAAGCUGGAACAGCUCUCCAGGGAUGUGUGGGCAUUUGGGGAAGAACCAGAGUAUCAGGACUGCGAGGACCUUGAAAUCAUCAGGAAGAUAACGAUAGACCCUGUUGCUGACCUGCACUCACUACAGUGCACCUCACCAGCUGAGGUGCUUUUAGGAUGAUGUAUAGCCUGAGAACUCAGUGUGAAGACCGACACUGGUCAGCCAGGUGCGGUGGCACAUGCCUGUCAUCCCAGCAGCUCAGGAGGCUGAGGCAGGAGGAUUGUGAACUCAAGGC